CCCUCUCUCACACGCACGUUUUACUUUUUUAGAACUGAUUACAGAUCAGUGAAAGUAUUAAUAUUUCUCUGAAGGCGGCCUUGGGAUAUUUUGAUGUGAAGAUCGAUUCUUUAAAAAAGAUGUCUGUAUCCCAAGUAUCGAUGUUUCUGGAUCGAUACGCAGACCCCUAUGCUCGGGAGGAAGUGGGCCGACGCUAGCUUGAAGAGCCUUGAAAUAUUGAAUAAUUUUAGUCUUGUGCCUUAUUUACCUUUCGACAUUUCGCAUAGAUUGCAUCUCUAUGUGAUGUGGGUAAUGUUUUAUCCGAAGUCUUCUCUAAACUAACUACCUAAACGCCUUACAAUCGUCUAAAUGUUCAUGCUAACCGAUGCUAGGUGGCUAGCUAACUUCUGUUGUUUAAAGCUGCCAAGGCUGGCUGUGUUACUCAGAUAAAUAGUCACGCCGGUGUUACAUUAUUAACAUAGUGUGUGGACUGGUGUCGGUUUACCUUCAACGUGUGUUGUCGGGACUUUAAUUAAAGGCUGUGUGAAGUAAACAAAAGAUAAACCAGUUCGGCUUGUUGACAUGGUAACACCUGAACACUCUUACUUCCUGUCACAGUAAAAACCUUCAACCUGGGACACCUGGACCUACAGUCCGUCCUCAUGGCUGCUUUAGGUUUCACUCCUGCCAGCGACCACGAUGUUUUCAGCAUUGAGACCGGUCCAUCCAGCUCUAAAACGAGCAGCGUGCUUAGUGGGAAAGAAAUCAGGCAUUUCUACGAGAACUUGAUAAAAGGUGACAGAGAUCAAGAUGAGUCAAGAGACCAACAUCAUAGCAGAGAACAUCCGGGUAGACACUCAAGUGGAGGAGCGAGGGCGAGGAGGAAGAGGAGGAGGGGGAACGGGGCUGGGGAGGGUCAGCAGGGUCAGACUUCUUCUGUGGUGCAAAGAGUGGGUGUAAGUGAAGAGGAUCAGAGAAGAGAGACGAGACAGUCGGAGAGAUCCAUGGAGCUGCUGGGACUCCGGUUGCUACGCUGUGCCCACGAAGGAGACAUCCCCGUCCUCAAAGAGCUGCUCUCUAAGGGAGUCGACAUCAACUUCCAGGACGCUUUCUUCUGGACGGCGGUGAUGUGCGCAAGCUGGUCCGGACAGAGGGCGGCGGUGAGACUGCUGCUGCAACACGGAGCUGCCUGGGUUGGAGUGGUGGAUACGCAGGGCAGAGAUGCUAAAGACCUGGCCCUGGAAGCGGGCCACAGUGAUGUGGUGGAGGAGUUGAUGAGCUAUGGGAGAAGUUCACAGGGGGAAACGCAGUGUGACAGAAGCUCCAGGUCCCUCCAGUCUCAGUGGUGCGACGUGUGCGGCAGCGAGUACAGCAGCAGCUUGUCAUCACAUCUGUCGUCCACUCUGCACCAGUUCAGUCUGCGGCGUCCUCCACCCACCCCCUACUACUGCCUCCCGCCCUCCAGUAACAGCUACAAGAUGAUGGUUCGUUGUGGCUGGAAACCGGGGACAGGGCUGGGGCCGGAGGGAGAGGGCCCCCAACAACCAGUGCCCACUGUGUUGAAGAGAGACCAGGAGGGUUUGGGGUUUGGACACCAGAAAAGAGCCAAAGUUACUCACUUCCAAGCCGGGGAUAAGGACGCCGUGAAACCCCGGUCCAGAGAGGAGAGGGGGAAGAGAGGACAGAGGAAGGAAGAAUGUAAGAGAAAAGAGGAAAAGGACAAAAAUUGGGAAAGAGAUUUUCGCGCGUCGUUCUAUUCAUGACGCCCGCUCACAUUGACUUCUCCACAAGCGUUUUCCCACAGGCUCCACUGACAGUAAACUGACACGAGUUGUUUCUGUGUUUUUACUUCAAACUGUGGCGGUGUUUGUGAAGCCGGACGAAGCUGAUCGUUAAUUCCUCGACUCCCUCAGAGCUUCGUCCUAGGCCUCACACAGAGCAGCCUGUGGGCUCAGAUGUGACUCAUUUCACCUUCACAGUAAUUGUGUUUACUCACACAGGCCUGACCCGACAAAGAUCAUAAAGAGCUCUGGUCAUAGUUCACUGUGCAGGAAGUCAAACACCGUUUAUGUCAAGGGUCUGAUCUAUGCUAAUAAAAGAAGAUCUGUCGGUAAAACUGAUUGUUAAUUUGGAUUCAGAGAAAACAUUAUCACAUGGAUACGCCUUCUUUUUACAUCACCCUUUGCCCAUGUUAACACAAAUAGGCAGUACUCAUCAUAUUUUCCCGUCAAGGCUGCCCGCUGUCGCCGUUGCUUCUUGCUCUUGCUAUUGAGCCGCUAGCCAUACGGUUGAGAUCUUCUGCACAUCUGCAAGGUGUUAAACGGGGAAACAUUGAGCAUCGGGUCUCCCUGUAUGCAGAUGAUCUAUUAAUCUAUAUAACAGACCCUGUUACGUGUGCCAGUAAUUUCAUUCAGAUACUAGAUGAUUUUGGUACAAAUCAACCUCCAAAAAACUGUUUCCCAAUUAACUCUAAAGCCAAAACACUCACGCAGGGACAGAUUCCUUUUAAUUUCUGUCCAGAAAGUUUUCAAUAUCUGGGGAUCAACAUCACCCACUCUUUUAAGGAGUUGCAUAAAUAUAACAUUGAGAAAUUGAUAAAUAAAGUCAAAACUGACCUACAGGGUGGUCUAAGUUGUCGUUAGCAGGCAGAGUCCAGUGCAUAAAGAUGGAUAUCUUGCCAAGAUUUUUGUUUGUUUUCCAAUGUUUACCUCUCUUACUGACUAAAACAUUCUUUAAAA